AUGGCUACUAGUGGAUCAACUGUUUCAAGUAUUGUCAGCAGUACCACUAACACUAUGAUCGUGAGUACUUUAAGCUCUGCUACUUCACCUGAUUUAACCGCUGCCACAAUAAAUAAUAUUGCCACAUCUGGAACCACUGCAUCUGUAACUACUGGAACCCCUAGUUCUACAGUAAUAACCUUUACUGAAUCGACUGCUACCAUAAAAUCUACUACAAAUGCAAGCAAUAAUAACACCACUGCGAGUUCUGGAUCAAGCACAGCUGGUGGCAAUUCUGCAGCCACAAAUUCUAAUUCUGCACCCAACACUGCUACAUCAAGUACAAGUUCUUCUGCCGCUGCCUUUACCCAAAACGGAGGAACUUCCACCCUUAGUUCUGUCAACUCCACCCAAACAACCUCAGUCCAAUCUGCAGUUACAUACUGGCAAAUCAUUCUGUUUUCUCUGGUCGCUGUCUUGGGUGUGGUGUUACUUGCCGGAUUAUUAUUUGGGAUACUGGCUUGUUUUCGCUCUGCUUCCACAUAUGCUGUAAGCAGUUAUCCAAGUUACUUCACACAUUACGGUUGGCGCAAUACUGGAAGACCGACGCUAGCAACAGACCUUGAAAGAGGAAUAGAAUUGACGGAACAUCGUAGACCACCAGCCUCAAGAGGAGAACGUGCACAGAGCUCUACUCCAGGUGAAUCCACUGCAUUAUCCAUUGUUACAACAACGCCAAGCUCCACUGAGUCUACAAGUGCUACACCUGCAACCACAAGUGAAACCAUAACAUCUUCAGAAACUUUGACUACUACUCAACCUAUCACAUCAGAAGAUACAACUAGCAAAACAUUGCUAACAAGUACAGAAGCAAGUACUUCAGUAACAUUGACUACAACCCAAUCUAUCACUAGUGAUUCUACAACUACUCUAUCCACCAGCGAUGUAACAAUACAGACUUCACCUGAAAACCCAACUACUACAGUUAUACCAAGUACAGAAUCAAGCACGUCAGCAACAUCAAUUGCAGCUACAUCUGUCACCAGUGAAUCUUCGACUACUCUAUCCACCAGCGAGACAACACCAACAAAUGCAAAUACCCAAUCUUCAAGUGACACUCCAACUACUACAGUGAUACCAAGUACAGAAUCAAGCACGUCAGAAACAUCAAUUGCAACUACAUCUGUCACCAGUGAAUCUUCGACUACUCUAUCCACCAGUGAGACAACACCAACAAAUGCAAAUACCCAAUCUUCAAGUGACACUCCAACUACUACAGUGAUACCAAGUACAGAAUCAAGCAUGUCAGAAACAUCAAUUGCAACUACAUCUGUCACCAGUGAAUCUUCGACUACUCUAUCCACCAGCGAGACAAUACCAACAACUGCAACAACCCAAUCUUCAACUGACAUUUUAACUACUACAGUUAUACCAAGUACAGAAUCAAGCACGUCAGCAACAUCGAUUGCAACUACAUCUCUUACCAGUGAAUCUUCGACUACUCUAUCCACCAGUGAGACGACACCAACAACUGCAACAACCCAAUCUUCAACUGACACUCCAACUACUACAGUGAUACCAAGUACAGAAUCAAGCGUGUCAGCAACAUCAAUUGCAACUACAUCUCUUACCAGUGAAUCUUCGAAUACUCUAUCCACCAGCGAAACAACACCAACAACUGCAACAACCCAAUCUUCAACGGACACUACAACUACUACAGUUAUACCAAGUACAGAAUCAAGCAUGUCAGCAACAUCAAUUGCAACUACAUCUGUCACCAGUGAAUCUUCGACUACUCUAUCCACCAGCGAGACAACACCAACAAAUGCAAAUACCCAAUCUUCAAGUGAUACUCCAACUACUACAGUGAUACCAAGUACAGAAUCAAGAACGUCAGAAACAUUGAUUGCAACUACAUCUGUCAACAGUGAAUCUUUGACUACAGUAUCCAUCAGUGAGACACCAACAACUGCAACAACCCAAUCUUCAACUGACUCUCCAACUACUACAGUGAUACCAAGUACAGAAUCAAGCACGUCAGCAACAUUGAUUGCAACUACAUCUGUCACCAGUGAAUCUACGACUACUCCAUCCACCAGUGAGACACUAACAACUGAAACAACCCAAUCUUCAACUGACACUCCAACUACUACAGUCAUACCAACUAUAGAAUCAAGCUUGUCAGCAACAUUGACUGCAUAUACAUCUGUCACCAGUGAAUCUUCGACUAAUCUAUCCACCAGUGAGACAACACCAACAACUGCAACAACCCAAUCUUCAAGUGACACUCCAACUACUACAGUAAUACCAAGUACAGAAUCAAGCACGUCAGAAACAUCAAUUGCAACUACAUCUGUCACCAGUGAAUCUUCAACUACUUUAUACACCAGCGAGACAAUACCAACAACUGCAACAACCCAAUCUUCAACUGACACUCCAACUACUACAGUUAUACCAAGUACAGAAUCAAGCACGUCAGCAACAUCAAUUGCAACUACAUCUGUCACCAGUGAAUCUUCGACUACUCUAUCCACCAGCGAGACAACACCAACAAAUGCAAAUACCCAAUCUUCAAGUGACACUCCAACUACUACAGUGAUACCAAGUACAGAAUCAAGCACGUCAGAAACAUCAAUUGCAACUACAUCUGUCACCAGUGAAUCUUCGACAACUCUAUAUACCAGUGAGAGAACACCAACUGCAACAACCCAAUCUUCAACUGACACUCCAACUACUACAGUAAUACCAAGUCUAGAAUCGAGCACGACUGCAACAUCGAUUGCAACUACAUCUGUCACAAGUGAAUCUAUGACUACUCUAUUCACCAGUGAGACACCAACAACUGAAACAAUCCAAUCUUCAACUGACACUCCAACUACUACAGUUAUACCAAGUACAGAAACAAGCUGGUCAUCAACGUCGAUUGCAACUACAUCUGUCACCAGUGAAUCUCCGACUACCCUAUCCACCAGUGAGACAACACCAACAACUGCAACAUCCCAAUUUUCAACUGACACUCCAACUACUACAGUGAUACCAAGUUCAGAAUCAAGCACGUCAGAAACAUUGAUUGCAACUACAUCUGUCAACAGUGAAUCUUCGACAACUCUAUCCACCAGUGAGACAACACCAACAACUGCAACAACCCAAUCUUCAACUGACACUACAACUAGUACAGUGAUACCAAGUACAGAAUCAAGCACGUCAGAAACAUCAAUUUCAACUACAUCUGUGACCAGUGAAUCUUCAACUGACACUCCAACUGCUACAGUGAUACUAAGUACAGAAUCAAGCACGUCAGAAACAUUGAUUGCAACUACAUCUGUCACCAGUGAUUCUCUGACUACUCCAUCCACCAGUGAGACAACACCAACAACUGUAACAACCCAUUCUUCAACUGACACUCCAACUACUACAGUUAUACCAAGUACAGAAUCAAGCAUGUCAGCAACAUCAAUUGCAAGUACAUCUGUCACCAGUGAUUCUCUGACUACUCCAUCCACCAGUGAGACAACACCAACAACUGUAACAACCCAUUCUUCAACUGACACUCCAACUACUACAGUGAUACCAAGUACAGAAUCAAGCACGUCAGAAACAUCAAUUGCAACUACAUCUGUGACCAGUGAAUCUUCAACUGACACUCCAACUACUACAUUGAUACCAAGUACAGAAUCAAGCACGUCAGAAACAUUGAUUGCAACUACAUCUGUCAACAGUGAAUCUUUGACUACAGUAUCCAUUAGUGAGACACCAACAACUGCAACAACCCAAUCUUCAACUGACUCUCCAACUACUACAGUGAUACCAAGUACAGAAUCAAGCACGUCAGCAACAUUGAUUGCAACUACAUCUGUCACCAGUGAAUCUACGACUACUCCAUCCACCAGUGAAACACUAACAACUGAAACAACCCAAUCUUCAACUGACACUCCAACUACUACAGUCAUACCAACUAUAGAAUCAAGCUUGUCAGCAACAUUGACUGCAUAUACAUCUGUCACCAGUGAAUCUUCGACUACUCUAUCAACCAGUGAGACAACACCAACAACUGCAACAACCCAAUCUUCAACUGACACUCCAACUACUACAGUGAUACCAAGUACAGAAUCAAGCACGUCAGAAACAUCAAUUGCAACUACAUCUGUCACCAGUGAAUCUUCAACUACUUUAUACACCAGCGAGACAAUACCAACAACUGCAACAACCCAAUCUUCAACUGACACUCCAACUUCUACAGUAAUACCAAGUACAGAAUCAAGCACGUCAGCAACAUCAAUUGCAACUACAUCUGUCACCAGUGAAUCUUCGACUACUCUAUCCACCAGCGAGACAACACCAACAAAUGCAAAUACCCAAUCUUCAAGUGACACUCCAACUACUACAGUGAUACCAAGUACAGAAUUAAGCACGUCAGAAACAUCAAUUGCAACUAGAACUGUCACCAGUGAAUCUUCGACAACAGUAUCCAUCAGUGAGACACCAACAACUGCAACAACCCAAUCUUCAACUGACCUUCCAACUACUACAGUAAUACCAAGUUCAGAAUCAAGCUUGUCAGCAACAUUGACUGCAUAUACAUCUGUCACCAGUGAAUCUUCGACUACUCUAUCCACCAGUGAGACAACACCAAAAACUGCAACAGCCCAAUCUUUAAGUGACACUCCAACUACUACAGUGAUACCAAGUACAGAAUCAAGCACGUCAGAAACAUCAAUUGCAACUACAUCUGUCACCAGUGAAUCUCCGACUACCCUAUCCACCAGUGAGACAACACCAACAACUGUAACAACCCAAUCUUCAACUGACACUCCAACUACUACAGUGAUAUCAAGUACAGAAUCAAGCACGCUAGAAACAUCAAUUGCAACUACAUUUGUCACCAGUGAUUUUUCGACUACUCUGUCCACCAGUGGGAAAACACCUACAACUGCAACAACACAAUCUUCAACUGACACUCCAACUACUACAAUGAUACCAAGGACAGAAUCAAGCAUGGCAGCAACAUCGAUUGCAACUACAUCUGUCACCAGUGAAUCUUCGACAACUCUAUUCACCAGUGAGACAACACCAACUGCUACAACCCAAUCUUCAACUGACACUCCAACUACUACAGUUAUACCAAGUACACAAUCAAGUAUGUCAGCAACAUCGAUUGCAACUACAUCUAUCACCAGUGAAUCUUCGACAACUCUAUUCACCAGUGAGACAACACUAAAUGCAACAACCCAAUCUUCAACUGACACGCCAACUACUGCAGCAAUACCAAGUACAGAAUCAAGCACGUCAGCUACAUCGAUUGCAACUACAUCUGUCACCAUUGAUUCUCUGACUACUCUAUCCACAAGUGAGACACCAACAACUGCUACAACCCAAUCUUCAUUUGACUCUCUGACUACUACAGUGAUACCAAGUACAAAAUCAAGCACGUCAGCAACAUUGAUUGCAACUACAUUUGUCACCAGUGAAUCUUCAACAACUCUAUUCACCAGUGAGACAACACAAACUGCAACAACCCAAUCUUCAACUGAAACUCCAACUAUUACAGUGAUACCAAGUACAGAAUCAAGCACGUCAGCAACAUCGAUUAAAACUACAUCUGUCAUCAUUGAAUCUUCGACUACUCAACCCACCAGUGAGACAACACAAACAAAUGCAACAACCCAAUUUUUAACUGACACUCCAACUACUACAGUGAUACCAAAUACAGAAUCAAGCUUGUCAGCAACAUCAAUUGCAACUACAUCUGUCACCAGUGAAUCUUCAACAACUCUUUCCACCAGUGAGACAUCACCAACAACUGCAACAACCCAAUCUACAACUGACACUCCAUCUACUACAGUGAUACCAAGUACAGAGUCAAGCAGGUCAGAAACAUCAAUUGCAACUACAUUUGUCACCAGUGAAUCUUCGACUACUCUAUCCACCAGUGAGACAACACCAACUGCACCAACCCAAUCUUCAACUGACACUCCAACUACUACAGUAAAACCAAGUACAGAAUCAAGCACGUCAGCAACAUCUUUUGCAACUACAUCUGUCACCAGUGAAUCAUCGACUACUCUAAUCAGCAGUGAGACACCAACAACUGUCACUACCCCAUCUUCAACUGACACUCUGACUACUACAGUGAUACCAAGUACAGAAUCAAGCACGUCAGCAACAUUGGAUGCAACUACAUCUGUCACCAGUGAAUCUUUGACUACUCUAUCCACCAGUGAGACUACACCAACAAUUGCAAUAACCCAAUCUUCAACUGAAACUCUAACUACUACUCUGAUAACAAAUACAGAAUCAAGCACGUCAGCAACAUUGGAUGCAACUACAUCUGUCAACAGUGAAUCUUUGACUACUCUAUCCACCAGUGAGACAACACCAACAACUGCAACAACCCAAUCUUCAACUGACACUCCAACUACUACAGCAAUACAAAGUACAGAAUCCAGCACUUCAGCAACAUCGAUUGCAACUACAUCUGUCACUAGUGAAUCUUUGACUACGCUAUCCACCAAUGAGACAACACCAACAACUGCAACAACCCAAUCUUCAAAUGACACUCCAACUACUACAUUUAUACCAAGUACAGAAUCAAGCUUGUCAGCAACAUCGAUUGCAACUACAUCUGUCACCAGUGAAUCUUCGACUACUCUAUCCACCAGUGAGACAACACCAACACCUGUAACAACCCAAUCUUCAACUGACACUCCAACUACUACAUUAAUACCAAUUACAAAAUCAAUCACGUUAGCAACAUCGAUUGCAACUACAUCUGUCACCAGUGAAUCUUCAACUACUCUAUCCACCAGUGAGACAACACCAACAACUGCAACAACCCAAUUUUUAACUGACAUUACAACUACUACAGUAAUACCAAGUAUAGAAUCAAGCACGUUAGCUACAUCAACUACAUCUGUCACCAGUGAUUCUUCGACUAGUCUAUCCACCAGUGAGACAACACCAACAACUUCAACAACCCAAUCUUCAACUGACACUUCAACUACUACAGUAAUACCAAGUACAGAAUCAAGCACGUUAACAACAUCAUUUGCAACUACAUCGGUCACCAGUGAAUCUUUGACUACACUAUCCACCAGUGAGACACCAACAACUGCAACAACCCAAUCUUCAACUGACACUCUGACUUCUACAGUGAUACCAAGUACUGAAUCAAGCAUGUCAGCAACAUUGAUUGCAACUACAUCUGUCACCACUGACUCUUCGACUACUUUAUCCACCAGUGAGACUACAACAACUGCAACACCCCAAUCUUCAACUGACACUCCAACCACUACAGUGAUACCAAUUACAGAAUCAAGCACAUCAGCAACAUCGAUAGCAACUACAUCUGUCACCAGUGAAUCUUCGAGUACGCUAUCCACCAGUGAGACAACACCAACAACUGCAACAACUCAAUCUUCAACUGACACUCCAACUACUACAGUGAUACCAAGUACAGAAUCAAGCACGUCAGCAACAUCAAUAGCAACUACAUCUGUCACCAGUGGGAGUUUUGUUUCUCCCACCACAGGUUCUACUGUGAGUGGAAAUACAGUUAACCCAUCCACAACAGCUCCUGGUACCAUUAAUGCCGAUAUUAUGGCUACUAGUGGAUCAACUGUUUCAAGUAUUGUCAGCAGUACCACUAACACUAUGAUCGUGAGUACUUUAAGCUCUGCUACUUCACCUGAUUUAACCGCUGCCACAAUAAAUAAUAUUGCCACAUCUGGAACCACUGCAUCUGUAACUACUGGAACCCCUAGUUCUACAGUAAUAACCUUUACUGAAUCGACUGCUACCAUAAAAUUUACUACAAAUGCAAGCAAUAAUAACACCACUGCGAGUUCUGGAUCUAGCACAGCUGGUGGCAAUUCUGCAGCCACAAAUUCUAAUUCUGCACCCAACACUGCUACAUCAAGUACAAGUUCUUCUGCCGCUGCCUUUACCCAAAACGGAGGAACUUCCACCCUUAGUUCUGUCAACUCCACCCAAACAACCUCAGUCCAAUCUGCAGUUACAUACUGGCAAAUCAUUCUGUUUUCUCUGGUCGCUGUCUUGGGUGUGGUGUUACUUGCCGGAUUAUUAUUUGGGAUACUGGCUUGUUUUCGCUCUGCUUCCACAUAUGCUGUAAGCAGUUAUCCAAGUUACUUCACACAUUACGGUUGGCGCAAUACUGGAAGACCGACGCUAGCAACAGACCUUGAAAGAGGAAUAGAAUUGACGGAACAUCGUAGACCACCAGCCUCAAGAGGAGAACGUUACUAA